CGGCGGAAGAAGAGCGUUUUCGCUGUAAAGAAGCGCCAGCUCUCAUUGAAUGAGCCAAGAUUUAAAUUAGCCUUUAUUUUCUCUUUCAUUUUCUGUCCUCGAAAAGCUUAGUUACCCGCUUUUUGCCUUGGCGGACAACGCCUGAGCUUUUGGCGAGAGCAUACGGUUAAACGUGAAGGAGGCAGGCUGGCGCAGGUUGUAGGGUGCUCCUGGAUCAUGAGAGACAGUGGCAGCAGCCUGGCUCAAACACACUGGUCCAAUGAGCUGACGCUGACCGCUGGGCAGGAGGGCGCCGGGGGUGGGGGGGCCAUUGGAGGGGGUCAUUUAAUGAACCCAGCCAUGGCUCAACAUGCCCUGAGCCCAGCCCAUUUCAAACUAGGGCGCAGGGAGGAGGACGUCAGGAUGUGGGGUGCAGACUAUACUGUCCCCGAGGUGGAGGACGAUGAAGAGGAAGAAGAGGAUGAUGUGGAGAUGGAGAGUGGAGAGGAUCUGGAGGAUAAAGACGUUUUCCGUCUUCAAGAUCAAGGUGAUGACAAGGAUUGGGGCACUCCGGAGCACUCGCAGGUAGCAGAAAUGGAUGUCAGGGUUACUGAUGACUUUACCCACUGCACGGCGCAGAGGAGACCCAUUCUGCUCAAAGAAAGAAGGCUAGCCCGGUUGCCAAAUCGGGGCCGAAGGUACCUGAGCAUUCGUUAUCGUCUGGCUCAGCACUGGAGAACUUGGCGCCAGCGAGCCAAAUGGGCUGGAACUAUGGGAUACAGGAGGGUUCGCAGAUGUCAUAGAAGACGUUACUUUGGCAGUCAACAUUUCCAGAGGCCGCCGGGACGUUCGUUGUUAAAUGGGGACCCAGAAGGCCGUUUACAUGGAACCGAGACAUCUGACUCCUGUAGCACAAAUGGGGCCCCGAAGGGAAGAGAUGGUCUCCAUGGAGCAGUCUUGGGAGACCGAGAGGGACGAGCCUCCCCCGCUAAUGUCCAGUCUCAACGGGAAAAGACCUCCUUACAGAAUCAACUCAGCAGUGAACACAUUUCUUGUGUACAAGGUAUUCUGGAUGAGUUUCUCCAGCAGUAUGGCAGUUUGAUUCCCGUUCAUGUGGAUGAGGUGGUGGAGAAGCUUCAAGAGAUUUUUACUGAGAGCUUCUCAAGUCUUCAGAGGAAGAUAAUGGUGCAACAUUUAAUGCAGUCCUACCAGCGUAUGUCUGGAAGUGCAAUGAUGCGGGGGUUUCGUGUAAAUUACAAGCGUCACGUCCUCGUCAUGGAUGAUCUGACAACACUUUAUGGCCAGAAUUGGCUCAAUGAUCAGGUCAUGAACAUGUAUGGGGAUUUGGUCAUGGAUGCUGCCCCUGAAAAGGUCCACUUUUUUAACAGCUUCUUUUAUGACAAACUUCGGACAAAAGGAUACGAAGGUGUCAAACGGUGGACAAAAAAUGUUGACAUUUUCCAGAAGAAGUUCUUGUUGAUCCCUAUUCAUCUGGAAGUGCACUGGUCAUUAGUGUGUGUGAACGUUCCUCAGCGUAGCAUCACAUACUUUGAUUCCCAGAGGACCCUAAACCGCCGAUGUCCAAAACAUAUUGCCAAAUACCUGCAAGCAGAGGCAAUCAAGAGAGAACAGAAGGACUUUUACACAGGGUGGAAAGGCUUUUUUAAAAUGAAUGUGGCAAGGCAGAACAAUGACAGUGAUUGUGGAGCUUUUGUCCUUCAGUACUGUAAGUGCCUGGCCCUGGAACAGCCUUUCAGCUUCGGCCAACAGGAUAUGCCCAAGCUACGGAGACAAAUGUACAAAGAACUGUGUCACUGUAAACUGUCUCUGUGAGACCGUAGAAGAGCAAGAGAGAUCCGUGACAUCUUUCACUUCUAAAUAAGCUCCAAGUCCAGACAGCAGGGGACGUGCAAACGUUUUAUCCCCCUUUUCUUUCCAUGACUUUGUAUUUUGACUUGGUGAAUGCCAUCCUCCGUUCGGCCCAGUUGUUUAUUUGCUCAGAUAAAAAAAAAGAAAAAAAGAAAGUUGGUUUCUAGAAAUGAGAGGGAGAUCAACCUCAGUGAACUGUUCAUUAGGUGCCGCCAUUUUGUUGGCAAUUACUUUUUUCAUGUUCUUGAUGUCAGUAACUUGUAUGCUAAAAUGGUAAUACCAUUGAGUGGUGAAAGGAGACUUGCAGACAUUUUAAAAAUGUAUUGCGCUAUACACAUACUGAGUCAAUAUGGACCACGACACUAUAUUAUUUUUGUUUGUUCAAUAUUGUUUGUCUGUCGUUAUGUACCUGUGCGAUUUAAGAUGCAAAAGUAUGGAGACGGAAAAAAAAAAGUGCAGCUGUAAAUUAAACCGUUUUAUAUCUUUUGAGAUGCAUACGUUGUUGUAAGCUGUACUAAUAAAAAACAU